UGAUCCUACCUAAAGAACUCAUACAAAUCCUCACAUCCAAAUCAAACGCGCAGGGAAGAAGAUGGGCAGGAGGAGGAUAAAUGGGGCGCGUACGGUGAGGUAGAUGCCGGGUUGGUCGGAGCUCCAAGAGGGCGCCCUCCUAGGGCACGAACUCGUGGAUGCACUCGGUUUCGGUAACCGUCACCGAUAGAGCAUCCGCCCGCCACCCCGCGGCCGCCAACAACGCCACUGCCAAUACCAGCAGCAUCUCCGGCCGCCACCUCGCCAUGGCUACAUCUUAGUAGAAGCUAGUGUGACCGUAGAGGUCCAGCGCCCCCUGACGUAGAGGUCCAGAUUCAGGGUUGGGAGGCGAUGCGAGGGGAAAUUUUUAAUUUUUUUGCCCCCAAUUAUGUUGGAACUUUUUUUUUGAGAUGGAUUAUGUUGGAACUUUGUGACUUCCGUUUGAGGAUAAGAGGACAAAACCUUUCUGAGUGGCCGAAUACUCACUUUCUCACCAUUUACUCUGGAGCAGCCUUGCUUGGCCCCCGCCGCGGAAGAGUGAGGAGGACUUCUUCUCCCGCUUCCUCGCCGGGGCCACCCCAGCCGCCCGCCGUCCUAGCCCCGCGGCGCCAUUCCCCCCGCCGUCCCACGCACUCCUCAACGCGGCCGCCUCCUCACCGAGAAGCAAAGUUUGAGGUUCCAGGCAUGGUGCCAAACAUGGAGGAGCCCCUUGUUGGGGGCAACGUUGAGAAGAUAGGAGGGCCAGGAGAGAGCUUGGUAGUGAUUGAGGUCAAGAAGCAGUUGUACCUUGCUGGGCCUCUCAUCGUUGGAAGCCUCCUGCAGAACAUCGUCCAAAUGAUGUCUGUCAUGUUUGUCGGUCAUCUCGGUGAGCUCUCUCUCUCGAGUGCCUCCAUCGCCACCUCCUUCGCCGGUGUCACUGGCUUCAGCUUAUUGGCCGGCAUGUCGACCAGCUUGGACACACUGUGUGGGCAAGCCUUCGGAGCAAAGCAGUACUAUCUUCUUGGUAUCUACAAGCAGAGGGCAAUCCUUGUGUUCACUCCUGUGAGUGUCGUGGUUGCUGUAAUCUGGGUAUACACCGGCCAGAUCCUUCUGUUCUUUGGCCAGGACCCUGAGAUUGCCAUGGGAGCAGGGAGCUACAUCCGGUGGCUGAUUCCAGCACUGUUUGUUUACGGUCCACUGCAGUGCCAUGUCCGUUUCCUGCAGACACAAAAUAUCGUCCUCCCAGUGAUGCUCAGCUCAGGUGUCACAGCACUGAACCAUAUGUUGGUGUGCUGGUUACUGGUUUACAAGCUUGGUCUGGGCAACAAGGGUGCUGCCUUGGCCAACACAAUCUCUUACCUGACCAACCUGUUAAUCUUGGCUCUCUACAUCAGGAUCUCUCCAUCAUGUAAGAGAACUUGGACAGGGUUGUCAAUGGAGGCGUUUCGUGACAUUGUUAGUUUCUUUAGGCUUGCUGUUCCGUCUGCGCUGAUGGUUUGCUUAGAGUGGUGGUCGUUUGAGCUCCUGGUACUUCUUUCUGGAUUUCUUCCAAAUCCUAAGCUCGAGGCAUCGGUAUUGUCCAUCAGUUUAAAUACUAUUUCGUUAGUAUUCAGGAUCCCAUCUGGUCUUAGUGCAGCUAUAAGCACCCGUGUAUCAAAUGAGCUUGGUGCUGGGCAGCCAAAUGCUGCUCGUCUGGCGACCCAGGUGAUCAUGGUCCUUGGUAUUUUGUCAAGCCUAUCAGUUGGUCUUCUUAUGAUUUUGGUGCGCAAUUUGUGGGGGUAUGCAUACAGCAACGAGAAGGAAGUGGUGGAAUACAUUUCCAGAAUUAUGCCAAUUCUUGCCGUCACAUUCUUGUUUGACGACAUGCAGUGUAUUCUUUCAGGUAUUGUUAGGGGCUGUGGCUUUCAAAAGAUUGGUGCUUAUGUCAAUCUUAGUGCGUACUACCUUGUCGGCAUCCCUGCGGCUUUAUGUUUUGCCUUUGUGUACCACCUUGGUGGAGUGGGGCUGUGGUCCGGAAUAACUUGCGGACUUGUCGUGCAAACGGUGUUGCUCCUGGGCAUUACCCUGCGCACUAACUGGGACAAAGAAGCUUUGAAGGCGAAGGACAGAGUUUUCAGUUCUUCCUUACCCGUAGACUUGGAGACAUGAGACACACGAGAUGCACUAUUUUCUAGGAAAAAUUGGCCACGAAAAGUGUAAUGAGAUAAGGAACUGAUGAAGAAUUGCUCACUAAAUGAGGUGCUCUGUCUCAGCUGUUACUAGCAUUGCGCUUAUUCAAGGAAACAUCUGGAAAUGAGCUUAUCCUCUUUGGUAAAUGUUUGCCGGGUACAGGAAAUAAAUUGUCUGGAUGAGUAGAGGCGCAACACUUUAGAAUAUAAGAUGAGGGAAUAAAUUUUUCGUGACUAGCAUCCA